CAGUGUGGGCGGUUGACACUCCUGCGUCAUCGGGCUGAAGUUUUAAAGACUCCGGCUCCUCCUCAGCCUUCACUGCAAUCCUGAGGCUCUGCGCUGUCACUUCCCCCUGUUCACAUCUGACAGGAACUACUGCCGCAACACUUACUAGCACGGCACGGGAGGUGUCGCAACGUUUGGUCUAUCGCAACGCACCUGGAGUACCUCGGUCCUUCCACAGGCCGUCCUAUAAAAUGGCUCAGAAUAACUCAUCCAGCUGUCAUUUUGACAAGAGCAUGGAGUUCUUCUACAACAAAUCCAGUCAGAGAUCUAAUUUGAGCUACAAUGUUCUCACCAUGGUCCAGGUGGUCGGAUCCAUCUUCUGCAUCUUCAUUCUGGUGGCUAACUGUAUGGUCAUUGCUGCUGUAAUCACCAAUAAGAGGUUUCACUUCCCAUUCUACUAUCUCCUUGCCAACCUUGCGGCCUCGGACUUCCUGGCAGGUAUAGCGUAUGUGUACCUCAUGUUUAACGCAGGCGAUGUGUCACCAACACUUACUAUUCGCGAGUACUUUUUCCGGCAAGGACUUCUGGAUGUCAGUCUCUCGGCAUCUCUGGCCAAUCUCCUCGUUAUAGCCUUGGAGCGCUACAUCUCUGUAAUGAACUGGAAAGUGCAUAGCAACCUGACCAAGAGGAGGGUGACCUUGUUGAUCUUUCUGGUUUGGAGCAUCUCUAUCUUAAUGGGGGCUGUGCCAAGCCUUGGCUGGAACUGCAUUUGCGACCUGGACAACUGCUCCAAGAUGGCUCCCAUCUUCAGCAGGAGCUACCUGAUCUUCUGGUCAGUUUCUAACCUGGUUAUUUUUGCUGCUAUGGUGGCGAUCUACACGAGGAUCUACAUUUACGUCAAGAAGAAGACGGUAAUGCUCAUGUCGCACACCACCAGUUCGAUCAACCGCAGACGGACGCCUAUCAAGCUCAUCAAGACAGUCAUGGUCGUGCUCGGAGCCUUUGUGAUCUGCUGGACACCUGGUCUUGUGGUCAUGCUCUUGGACGGCAUGAACUGUGAGAAGUGUGAUUUCAAGAGAGUGAAGAGUCUGAUCCUGCUGCUUGCCGUUGCCAACUCUGUCAUGAACCCCUGCAUUUACUCCUACAAGGACCGGGAGAUGUGGGCAACUUUCAAAAACCUUGUGCGCUGCAUCGGAAAUGGCACGCGGCAGCAGCGGUCGUUGCGCGCCAACGCCAGGCCGCUGAACUCUGGUCAGGACACAAACACCAGUCCGCCACCCUCGGAGGAAAUGAGAAGCGAUGAUAAUGGAUCCCUCGAUUCAUGAAAUCUACAAAUCAGACAAAUAUUGAACAACUAUUGUCCGGAGCGGAGAGGGCCCACACGGACACUUUCCGAGUCUUCAGACAGUUUACCCGUAUCGGUCCUCUGCGGAUUGUGCUUUCCUGGGACUGAAAGAACUUGCUUGAAAAGUCACUGCAGACCAUCCGCUCCGAUAAAGAGAUAACGUAAUGCACUACUAAAUUCCUUAAUGGCUGUAAAGAUGUCCGGUUAUUCUAGGAAUUCAAUCAUUUGGGCACAUGACUCCCAUUUCUGUGUAAUGAGAGGUUCUCACUCCAGUUCGAUCCCGUUUUCUGUCAGUGUCAUCCGAUCCCUCUGAUGCAUAGUGAGUGAGCGCAUUGGGCACUGAUGCUGCACGGCAGUGACCAAUGAAACAAGUAUGUUUAAAAACUUUGAACCUUGCAAGGAAAAAAGUUGACUUCACUUUUUUUUUGUAUAAUGUUGUUUAUAUUUGUUGUAAUUAUAUUUUUUUUUUACACUGCAUGUGUAGUUUAAGAAAACUAUAAUGGUGGAUUUGUAAUUAAAUUAUGCUUGGGUAGAGCAUAUUUUUUAAAGUUUUUCAUUUGUGUAAGAGUACUGUAAAUGGUUGUUGAGUAACUGUACUUGAAGAUAGUGUAAGAAGUCUUUUCUUUUUUUUUUUAGACCUGGAUCAGAUUUGUCUAAUUUCAUAUUGCAACCCGUGCACACUUCCAUCUUGUCUGUGUGUGAUUACUUAUGAAAAUAGAAGCUUCCUUUUAAAGAACCUAACGUGCUUUUCUGUAGCAUUUUUUCUAAAAUCUGCUUCACCUCUCUGCAACACACUGGAUUCCUGCUGUAGAGACAGUUUAUGAUGCGCGCUUUCGACAUGAAGGAGGAUAAGACGGCAACUCCCUCCAACACAGAAGACUGCACGUACUCCUGCUGACUGACCGCAUCGCUAAAUCUUUAGUAGUUUAACUGACCCCUCGUUGCAUGUAUAGUAUUCAUACCUGAACUGCUGUAACAGGCCCUUCAUCAUCAAAGCUGUUUCACCGUUAUCUUAUAAGACUGCUCAGUAGACAGAUUUAAAGCUCAAAUGAUUAAACUGAGAUUACCCAUGGUCAUGCAA